AUGUCCGGGCGUGUUCGUGCCGCCAGCGAAUCGAGCUUUGAGAUUGUCAAAGACGAUUUCGAAGGGGCCGAAUUCCCGUCGACAGAGGAAGACGUCUUGGAGGAAUCGGAAGUGGAGAUGGUGUCCGAUGACUCGGAGUCCGUUCUCCAGUCGGUCACGGAGACUGAUGAUGAGAAUGAGGAAGAGCUCCAGGAGGUGGCCGCAACGUCAGAGGUGGAGUCAGAGCCAGAGCCAACCGCCGAGGCAUCUGAGGUCCAGGAGCUCUCAGGGAUUCUUGAAGAGGCCAAGCUCCAAAGGACGGAAAUCCUUGAGGAGCUCCGAAACAUGCGCAAAGCUGUGGAGGAAGUGAGGCAGAAACAGGUGGAGCAGGAGGCCAUCGUCGCCGAGAUCAAAGAGGAGCAACAGAAAGUGGAGCAGAAGGAGAGGGUAAGCCGCGUAAUGAGCAUGUUCGAGGGAGAGUGGCGUCUGUUGAGCCACGACGGUCUGGACGAGUCGCUCGGGACCGGACAGGUCUCCCUGACGUCGAAGGUCAAACGCCUUCUCUCGAACGUGUGCUAUCAAUACGAUGGCAACACGCUCAAAUCCUUCAAUCGUCUGCUGUGCCAUACGUUCAACGAGGUCAUCACUGCGAUCGGAGCGGCAGCGCAUGGUAUGAGCACUUUUUUGGACGGCGAGAACUUGGUGACCGAAUGGAAGAUGCAUGGAGUCGUGUACGCGAGAAGAGAGCGGUCUGUGGAUUUUGGAAAACUGACAGUUACGAUCACGGAGACGGGAAAACCGACGGUCGUCAGGAUCUACGAAAGGGCCAACAAGACGACUGUGAGUUUGUGGACCUUUUAACCUUUUCAGCGUAUGAAAUUUCUUUUUUUCAGGACAUCUUCUUUUCGCUCUGGAGGGUCGGCCGCUUCUACGCUUCUCGUCGCGAAAUCUGA